CGUGGGCGGCGGACAAGAUGGCGGCGCGCACGGCGGGCUCGCUGCUGCGGGCGCUGCGGCAGGUGGCUUCGUUGUCCGCUUCUCUUCAAGUUCGAGGUUACUACGUAGACUGGAGAAUGCUGCGUGAUGUGAAGAGACGGAAACUGGCCUACGAGUACGCGGACGAGAGGCUGCGGAUCAACUCGCUCAGGAAGAAUACCAUUUUACCGAAGGAUCUGCAGGAAGUGGCUGAUGAAGAAAUUGCUGCUCUUCCGCGGGACAGCUGUCCUGUGAGGAUCAGAAACCGCUGCGUCAUGACGUCCCGGCCACGCGGCGUGAAGCGGCGCUGGAGGCUCAGCCGUAUUGUCUUCCGCCACUUAGCUGACCACGGCCAGCUUUCUGGGGUGCAGCGCGCCAUCUGGUAACCCUGCUCCCGAAGCUGCUGUGGUGACGGGGAGCCGGCUCUGGCCCAAAGACUGUCCUGCUGCUCCAGCGUGGCCUUUGCAGAGCUGCGCCGGUGCUGGGUCUACUAUUGAUAUUCAUGCUGUCUGUGAAUUCCUUGGAAAUGGUAAGAUGUGGAGUUUGUAUCAGUCGAGUUAAUAGAUUGAACAUACUGCUCCAUGCCUUGGUACUGCAUAGACUAAUAAAUACGUCCUGUGGCAAA